AUGUGCCGAGACCUGACCCUCCGGGCAGGUGUUGGGCCCGCGGGUUAUACCCCUCCAUGUAACGGCGAUGCUGAGCUCCCUGCGUUGCCAGAAACACACAAAGUUUACAGGCAGAAACUGGAAGAAGUCACCAGCUUGCAGACAGCCUGCAGCACCUCCAUACACCGGCAGAAGAAGAUGCUAAGGGAUCUGAAACACAGCCUGCAACGGUGCAAGCCUAGAGCGAGUCCUGAGGAGUUUGCUCUCAUUCAGGAGAUCAGCGCCCAGAUCAAGGAGAGGCAAAAUGCCUUCUUUGACAUGGAAGCCUACUUGCCAAAGAAGAACGGCUUGUACUUAAAUCUGGUGCUGGGAAACGUGAAUGUAACUCUCCUGAGUAACCAAGCGAAGUUUGCCUACAAGGACGAGUAUGAGAAGUUCAAACUUUAUCUGACGAUAAUCUUGUUACUUGGGGCCGUCGCCUGCAGGUUUAUUCUCCAUUACAGGGUGACAGAUGAAGUGUUUAACUUUCUGUUAGUGUGGUAUUACUGCACGCUGACGAUACGGGAAAGCAUUCUCAUUAGCAAUGGCUCCAGGAUCAAAGGCUGGUGGGUAUCUCAUCACUACGUCUCCACAUUCCUGUCUGGAGUAAUGUUAACGUGGCCAGAUGGACUCAUGUAUCGAAUGUUUCGCAGUCAAUUUUUAGCAUUUUCCAUAUUUCAGAGUUGCGUUCAGUUCCUACAGUAUUAUUAUCAAAGGGGCUGCCUUUAUAGACUCCGUGCUUUGGGGGAGAGAAACCACUUGGACCUUACAGUAGAAGGAUUUCAGUCCUGGAUGUGGCGGGGGCUGACGUUUCUCCUUCCCUUCUUGUUCUUUGGGCAUUUCUGGCAGCUGUAUAAUGCAAUCACGCUUUUUGGAUUGUCGAGGCAUAAGGAGUGCAAAGAAUGGCAGGUUUUUGUGUUGGCUUUCACGUUUCUGCUGCUCUUCCUUGGGAACUUCCUCACUACUCUCAAAGUGGUGCACACUAAACUCCAGAAAAACAAAGACAAAAUGAAGAAGCUGUGA